AUUAUCAUGGAUAAACUUGUUGAAGGUCAAUGUAACAUUUUUGAAUUUACGUCAUUUCGCAAGGUGUUAUGGUUGUUGAAAACAUAUAUUUUUAUAUUUUUAAAUAUGGAAACACAACACUAUUGUCAUCACAUUCAGUCGCGGAGCUUUCGCUCGCACCUUCUCUCAAUACAAGACAAGACGCUGCUGUUUUAUUUCAUAAAUAUAAUUUCACCGUCCCGACACCCAAGGAUUUCUUCAUGGUCCUUCGAGCAACGUGAGCAUAGUGUGCAGAUCAUCUACAGGUGUUUGCGGCCAAAACGGUGCGACGGAUCAGCACGAUUUUUGCGUCAGAAGUUUACGUCGGUCAAGUUUGUGAGUCCAUUCCAGUCGCCAUUGUUCCUGAACAACGCGGUAAGAUUGUACUUCAUUCAUUCACUCAAUCAUCGUUGCCGCGGCGGAAGGACACACCGACGUCGAAGUGUUCAAAACCGGAGAAAGCAAUCUUCAUCUGCGUGUAACCGAAUUUACAAAGAAGAACUUCAAUAGUGUUCGUUUAUAUGUAACGAUUUUAUUUCGUCAAACACGCCGAAGAUAAAGGACAACACAAUACAAAUAAUAUUGCUAUCUCACUCACUCAUAGCAUAUUACGGAACAUUAAUAUUGCUACAAAAAACGCGAAGUUCGGAGUGAAGUGAGCGAUUUUUAGCAAUCAACGUUGUCGUUCAAUACAAUUGAUCUCGAUCCCAAUCUUAACAGGAAUUGUAUUGCAUCAUCUUUUUACCACGUUUUUGUAUACCGAACGACCAUAUUUUUUUCAGCAAAAGUGAAUUUAAACAAUUCUGUACUUGUUUAUAUAAUUAUGUAGUCAGUAAGAUGGCAAGCAACAAUGAGCUAUUUAACAGGCGGAAAUAUGUAAAAGGCACGAUGACGCGCCUACGCAACUCGCUAACGUCGGAAUUCCUCGCGUCCGCAUCCGAACAAAUGUUACGCACGAAGCAAGAACAUGCCCAGUUCAUCUUCAAGGAGUAUAUAGACCUGACUGUUCAGGUCAACGACGACCAUGAUCCCACUCGUGUUGAAGAGGCCUACUUUGCGUGUAUGGACUUACUGCGCACUACUUUGCAGUCAAGAUUCGGGACGACGGCGGCGGCGGCAAAGCCAAGUGGCGGUUCUAAUAACGUCACGUGUAAGUUAAAACUCCCUGAUAUCCAAAUACCACCAUUCGACGAUUUCAUAAAAUAUCUUGAAACAAGAGCUCUAGCUCUCGAAAACUCGAGCAACAAUGAUGUCAUCGGCGCUAGGAAAGUACAAGCUACUGCUGCAGUUACAAAUAAUCACGUAGCUAAGUGCUAUUACUGCGGUAAGUCAGAUCACAAAAUAUUUCCCAAGUUUUUGCUUGCAUCGAUUGCAGAACGUGUUGAAUGUGUUAAAGCUAAAAAGCUAUGCAAAACCUGCUUAAACAGCCCUACAGGGAAAUGUCGCUUUCAUUUUAAAUGCACUCACUGCAAGCAAAAUCACAACACGCUCUUGCAUGAUGGAAAUGAAACAUCUUCAUCAUCUGGUACUGAGGGUGGGGUGGCGUUGCUGUCAGGCUUGAAUGACAGCAACCAAGUUUUGUUGCCUGCUGCCAAGGUGAAAAUGUUAACUGAAAAUGGGCGGGAAUUGAUAGUCAAGGCUUUAUUAGACUCUGGCAGUCAUCUUUCAUUACAACUAAACUAG